GUGAGUCACAAUCUGUGAGGUAGAAGUCAUACGGAUAUAUCUCUCCUUCAGUCUAUACCAACACAGCAGGUGACUACUUGGUCAGAACACUGCAGAGUUUGAAAGACCAGAAAAGAUGUCUACUUAUAGCAAAUCUGGAAAUGAUGCCAAAAGUAAUACUCUGGGAUCGGUGAACAGGCAGAAUGUGAUACAGGAGACAAACAAGAGAAGGACCCUGUUAAUCGACAAUAGCUGGAUCAAAAACCGACCAGAAGAGGAAGAGGAAAAGAUUAGAGACGAAAACUUUGGGAAAAGUGUCCUGAGCCGAUAUAAAUCACAGGACAACUUGGACAGCGGCACUGAAAAAGAUGAAAAGAAGCAGCCUAUACACAACAGAUUCAAGUCGGAUGAUGCUUUAGACAGAAUCCCAUCAAGAAAUACAUUUGAAGGAGGAAAUAAAGCAGCCACUCUGGAAAGAGUACCCAUGAGUGGGACAGAAGCCACCAAUAAAAGACAAUCCUGGACUCCCAGUAACAAGACAACAACUACGACAACGACUACAGAGGAAUCCAAAAGAAGAUCCUGGGCUCCAACGAACAGGAACAGCACUACUACUACGACUACAACAAGAACAACAGAGUCUAGACAGGUUGUGCCAGGCAAACCAGAAGGGCAAAAAAUCACUAUUUUCUCAUCUGAUACCCGGACAACAGAUAUACAACCCAAAUCCAGCUUUAUUGAUAGUGCCAGAUCAAGGUUUGAGAAAACUGAGGAAAAGCUCAGCCCGACCCCCUCACCCAGGGUUCAAAAUGUAGAUGAGAAGCCAAGGUUGCCUCCUAAAUCACCUACUGCCAAAACCGAUGACCGGCCUGCAUACCCCAGCAAGCCUGUCAAUCCAGAUGCUGGAGAAAGAAGAAGUGCAUUGGAAAGAAAGCAGAGAAGUCAAGAUAUUGAUAAUCUCAUUGAAGUUUCAACCUCAAAAGUUUCCAGCAAUAAAAGUACUCAAGACAUUGACAACCUUAUAGACAUCAAACCCACCACAGACAAAGCAAAGAAAAGAGACCAGCUGGAUGACUUCAUUGAAAUAUCAAAUACGGCAAAGAACUUUCAAAAUAAGGAUGACCGUCUUGACAGCUUCAUUGAUAUUAAAAAGCCUGAUGUUAAAACUGGAACUAAAAAUAUUGAUAACUUCAUCGAUAUUAAAACUCCUACUGUGAAUAAAGGAACUAAAAAUAUUGAUAACUUCAUCGAUAUUAAAACUCCAACUGUGAAUAAAGGAAGUCUAGAUCUGGAUGACCUCAUUGCCAUAAGCAGAGAUGGAAAUAAAGGAACAGACACGCCUGCUAGUAACAGUACUAAUAUCUCAAAUCGAAGUUCAACCACAACUACCACCACCUACAACGUUAAGGAAGAAUCCAGUAAUGCACCAACCAGACGUUCCACCACAACCACUAGAGUUACAGAUGACCAGGAUAUGCCAAGCAGACGGUCAACUAGCUCCUCAACCUACAAAGUCACUGAUGAGAACUAUGAUAUCCCAACUCGACGCUCAACCACAUCUUACAAGGACACCACUGAUGGACCAAACAUUUCCUCAAAUGUAACCAUCACAAGCUAUUCAUCUCGUCCGAAUUCAUCUUAUGGAGAUGAAAGCAGGAACUCAUCCUCUAACACAUAUGGAAACAACCUUAUAUCAAAUUCAAUUAAAACUGUUUACUCUACAUCUGAUCGAUCUGGCAUUGAAAAGGAUGUUUGUACUUAUUGCCGCAAAUCACUUGGCCUUGAGGCUAAAAUGAUUCUGAAAGAAUUAAACAUUUGCUGUCAUGCAACAUGCUUCAAGUGUGAAGCAUGUUCUGGUUCCUUGGAAAAUCUCAAGGCUGGAGACAGUAUGUGGAUCUUUAAGCAGACUAUCCACUGUGAGCCUUGCUAUUUUGCCGCAAGAGAGAAAUGGAUCAUCUGAAUACAGAAUCUAAAACUCUAAAACAAGAGAUGAAAUAUGAAACAUGGAUUAAUACAUACUUUUCAUAGCUUAUUUCAGACAACUUGGGGGUAUAUGGAGUAACACUUAAUGGCUAUGUACACCUUUGGGGGCAAUUUGUUUUUUAUUUUUGCAUUGUACUCAUUUUGAGCUAAAAAUCUUUUUUUCAAUGGGUCUUUAAUAAAAAUGUGCAGCUGUUUUCCCUGCACAGUAGUAGAGAGAUGUGAUUUUUCUCUCUGCUCCGUCAGACAGAGAGCUGACGGUCUCCUUAUCUGUGAUCUCUGACCUUAUAAACACUCAUUAUAGCUCAAUACUUAUCUAACUGAUAAGCAUGUGGCUUCAAUAAGUGUUUAUGACCUUUUAGUAAUUUGGAGAUAAGGUUUAUUAGAUGACCAGCACAACAUGAAAGUGAAAGUACUAUUAACACAGCUAGACACAGUUUGUGAAAGAACUGCUCAAUAAACUGAGUAAAAUGCAAUCAUAAAAAAAUUGCCCCCAAAGGUGCCUUGAAACUUAAGUUCAUAUUUAUAUAUAUAUUGGGCUUUAUGCAAUAAUAAUGAAAUACUAUUGAAGUAGUGUUAAAGCCAGAAUAUCCUGUUGCCUCAUAGGCUGAACAAAACAAAGAGGGAAUUUUCGUCUAGCAAUAAACUUGAUAGGAUUACUAUGGUUUAGCUUACACAAUACAGAAUAAAUGGAGACAACAUAAAGUGAAA